CCUCUUGGUUCCUGAUUAGGUGUAAAUUGUCCUACAUGGUCUCAGUGUUUCAAUUGGACCAAACCUCAGCUCAUCUCUAAAGAGCCCCUAAUCAUCGACCGAGUGGAUUGUCUCCAUACGGGAGAGCACAUUUCCCAUUUCAUUAACUAUCAGUUCCAUGUUACCUUAAGCUUCAUCCGAGAGAGCUGUUGUUUGGGAGACAAUGGUCUCCUACCGCACGCCCGGUAGGGCAGUUUUGCUGCUCACCCUCCUCACCCUCUUUCUGCUCAUUCAACCUGCAGAAAUGGUAAAGCAUGAAUCGUUCAAAACAUGUGACCAGUCAGGAUUCUGCAAGCGCAAUAGAGCUUAUGCCGACAACGCGGUAACGCAGAGCUCCUGGGAGUCACCCUAUGCUCUCGAUCCUCAGUCCAUAGUCUUUAGCAAGAGCCAAUUGCACGGUGUUGUGCUCAAAUCCAUCGCAGGAUCAAACGAGCCCGUACGACUUCCUCUCACCAUAACGUUCUUAGAAUCAGGAGCUGCACGCGUGACUGUCGACGAAGAGAAACGCCAAAAGGGCGAGAUUGAAUUGAGGCACAACAGCAAGGCAAAGAAAGAAAGAUAUAAUGAAGCUGCUUCUUGGGCAGUUGUUGGAGGUCUAAAAUCAUCCACGACUGCUGCUUUGAGCAGUCAACAGGACAAUGGCUUCACAAAAGUAGAAUACGGCCCUACCAAAGGCUUUGAAGCUGUUAUUCGUCAUGCCCCUUUUUCCGUAGACUUCAAACGCGACGCCGAAACUCAGGUCCAGUUCAACGACCGAGGCCUUUUAAAUGUCGAGCAUUGGAGACCAAAGGUAGACAAGGAGCCGAAAGAAGGCGAAGAAGCCAACAAGGAGCCCGUGGAAGACGAGAGCACAUGGUGGGAAGAAACAUUCGGCGGAAACACCGACUCAAAGCCCCGUGGCCCCGAGAGUGUUGCAUUGGACAUCUCGUUUCCUGGCUAUGAACAUGUCUUUGGUAUUCCCGAGCAUGCUGGUCCUCUCUCGUUGCGCGAGACUCGCAGGGGCGGUGAUGGAAACCACAAGGAUCCUUAUCGAUUGUACAACAGCGAUGUAUUCGAAUAUGAGAUGGACAGCCCGAUGACCUUGUACGGCGCCAUCCCCUUUAUGCAGGCCCACAAGAAGGAUUCGACCGUCGGUGUCUUCUGGCUGAACGCCGCAGAAACCUGGAUUGACAUCAUCAAAUCAAAAUCUCCGCUGAAUCCUCUGAGUCUGGGUCUUGCUGGAUCCGUUGAUACUAAGACUCACUGGAUCUCGGAAAGUGGAUUACUUGAUGUAUUCGUGUUUCUUGGACCUACAUCCAAGGACAUAAUGAAGACUUAUUCAGAGUUGACUGGGUAUACGCAACUACCGCAGCAAUUUUCUGUUGGCUAUCACCAGUGCCGAUGGAACUAUGUUACCGAUGAAGAUGUUCGGGAUGUCGAUCGCAAGUUUGACAAACAUAAUAUUCCCUAUGACGUGAUUUGGCUCGACAUUGAAUACACAGAGGGGAAGAAAUAUUUUACGUGGGAUCCAAUGACAUUUGGGGAUUCAAUUGGAAUGCAGAAGCAACUCGACCUUCGCGAUCGGAAGCUGGUUGCUAUUAUCGAUCCCCACAUAAAAAACGAGAAAGGCUUCCGCAUCAGCGAGGAGCUCAAGGGCAAGAACUUGGCAGUUAUGAACAAAGAUGGAAACAUUUACGAGGGUUGGUGCUGGCCCGGAUCUUCAAAUUGGGUGGAUUGUUUCAAUCCAGCAGCGAUUGCAUGGUGGAAGACGCUGUUCAAGUAUGAUGCAUGGAAGGGAUCCGCACCCAACACCUUCCUUUGGAACGAUAUGAAUGAGCCUUCCGUAUUCAACGGCCCAGAAGUGACCAUGCCGAAAGACAACCUUCAUUACGGAAACUGGGAACACCGUGACAUUCACAAUAUCAACGGCAUGACCCUUGUCAAUGCGACUUACCAGGCUCUCCUUGAGCGAAAGAAGGGCGAGAUCCGUCGACCUUUUGUCCUGACCCGGUCGUUCUAUGCCGGCACUCAGCGCCUUGGCGCCAUGUGGACGGGUGACAACCAAGCCAACUGGGACCACCUUGCUGCCGCCUUUCCUAUGAUUCUGAACAAUGGUAUUGCGGGAUUCCCAUUUGCGGGUGCAGAUGUUGGUGGCUUCUUCGGCAACCCCAGCAAGGAGCUUCUUACCCGAUGGUACCAAGCCGGAGCGUUCUAUCCUUUCUUCCGUGGCCACGCUCAUCUCGACACCCGGAGACGCGAGCCGUACAUGGCCGGUGACCCGUACAAGGGUAUCAUCACCCAGGCACUUCGUCUCCGUUACCAGCUUCUGCCCGCCUGGUAUACCGCCUUUUACGAAGCCAGCACGGAAGGCAGCCCCAUCAUCCGUCCCAACUACUUUGUUCAUCCUUCGGAUGAGAAGGGCUUCGCUCUUGACGACCAGUUUUACCUUGGCAGUACUGGUAUCUUAGCCAAGCCUGUAGUCAAGGAGGAUGCUACCAGCGUCGACAUCUACAUUUCUGACGAUCGGCCGUACUAUGACUAUUUUGAUUUCACUGUCUACCGGGGAAAGGGUAGCAAGACCAUUGCAGCACCGCUCGAGAAAAUUCCCAUUCUCAUGCAAGGCGGCCACAUCAUUCCUCGUCGGGACAGACCGCGUCGCAGCAGUGGCCUGAUGAGGUGGGAUCCCUUCACCCUGGUCGUCGUACUCGACGAAAACGGUCACGCCGAGGGUCACCUUUACCUUGACGAUGGAGAAACUUUUGAUUACCAGGCCGGCGCUUAUAUCCAUCGCCGCUUUGUCUUUGACAAGUCUUCCUCGUCACUCGUGUCAGAAGACCUCGCAGUCAAGGGAAGCAAGACUGCAGCGUACCUCAAGACCAUGGCCAAGGUUGGCGUCGAGAAGGUUGUCGUUGUCGGCGCCCCGGCUGGGUGGGCGUCAAAGUCUACCGUCACGGUCACGGAGGAUGGCGCUCAGUCUUCCACUGCUGAGUUGAGCUAUACUCCUCCUGAAGGAUCCAAGGCUGCCUGGGCAAUCAUUCGGAAUCCCAAGGUUGCUAUUGGCCAUGGCUGGACCAUUGAUUUUUCUUAG